CUACGUUUCUCACAGGUAUUUACCAAGGAGAAAUGGAAACGUGCCAGCUUUAUUCAUAAUAUAUAAAACCUGGAAAUACAAGUGUUCAAGAGAAAAACGAAUAAACAAACUGGCAUAUUCACACAACUGAAUGCUGUCCAUAAAUAAAAAGAAUGAACCACACAACAUUAAUAAAUAUCACAAAACUGGGAUAUGCAAAAGGAGACAUAUGUAAUUGCAGAACUGACAAAACUAAAUUACGGCGACGUAUCUCAUAACUAUGGCUGUUUCUGUUGUGAGACCGACUGGAAAAAGACACCAGAGAACUUCCUGGCAGUGAUGGUAUAAAACCCGCACCAGGGCAGGAAUACACAUACUUAGCCUCUGCAGUGUGCCAGAUGCCAUUCUGGGUGCUGGGGCUUUCUCAAGGGGCAAAACCGACAAGAAAACUCUUCACCCUCUGAUUCACGACCCCGGGCCUGGGGUACCGCAACAUGCAGGCCUGAGGGGAGAGAAACCUCCACAGGCUCCCCAUUCUUGUCUCAGCCAUUUCCGCCCAAACUGCGGUACCCAUUCAGCCUUUCUUGGCCCGAUCGCUCUCAGCACGGAUUCCCGAUUCCUUCCUGGUCCUCCUACGCCAGGUUUCGGAUUCUUUCCUUUCUUCUCAACGCUCCGGGAUUGGGGAUUCCGCUUCUCUCCAGGUCCUCCCGGACACAGGUUUCUUCCACCAUCCUCUUCGCCCCGCCUCCGGCUGGCUUCCGCUUCCCUUUUCCUUAUUUCCCCAGCCAGGUUUCCAGUUUCUUCCUCGGCUGGGGCUCUGGUUCAACCCAGGACCCCACCUCGCUCUCAAAGAAUCAGCCGGCUCUUCGGCGUCUGAAGGGCCGUCCGUGGCAACCGUCCUUCGCCCAGGAGGAGCGACCCGCUCACCUUGUAACUCCCAGGACUUUCCCGGGGGUGGCGCGGACUUUGCGACCGUUGCCUUCCCGGCUGCGCUUGAAAACCGGGACAGUUUCAGUGUUGGACUACGUUUCCCACAGGCCCCAGGGACACGAAUGAACUUCGACUUUUGGUUCCCCUUCCGGUAUCAUCGUGGUUUUUGGAGUAUGCCUGUUCUGCAGGAGAAGCCCCCUGAAGUGGAGGAGAGCGUUGCCACUUAAAGGCCUGUUCAAGUUUUGACAGAGGAACAUGUCAACAGCGUUCCUCACACUGUCAUGGCAGAAAUGGAAUUCCCAGACCAAUUCUUCACAGUUCUAAGCAUGGACCAUGAGUUGGUGACAUUCAGGGAUGUGGUCAUCACCUUCUCUCCAGAGGAAUGGGAAUAUCUGGAUUCAGCUCAGAGGAACUUGUAUUGGGAUGUGAUGAUGGAGAACUAUAGCAACUUGGUCUCACUGGAUUUGGAUUCCAACUAUGACAAGAAGUGUUCGUCUACUAGAAAGGACAUCACUGAAAACAGUGGGUCUCAGUGCAAAGUAGCAGAAAGUAAAUUCACUGGUCUUGAGAGCUCCAUUUUCAGAAAUGACCAGCAAAGCAAAGGCAAGUGUGAAGUACAAAGAUCUGAAGUGGGAUAUUUCAGUCAAAUGAAAAUCAACUCUGAAAAAGUGCCCGAUUACAAGUCUGUUAUAUCACAUCAGACAACUCAUAAUAGCAAAAACCCCCACGCAUAUAAGGAAUAUGGGAAGGUCCUUAGCUGUGACUUAAAUUUUGGUGAGUAUGAGAGAAUACACAUUGGUGAGAAAACAUAUCAAUAUAAUGCAUAUUGGAAGACCUUUGGCGAUGACCCACAUACCCUACAACUGAAAAUACAUAGUGGUGUGAAACCUUGUAAAUAUAUGGAAUCUGAGAAUGCAUUUAGUUUUUAUGAAGACCUUAGUAUACAGAAAAUGCAUGAUGAUCAGAAGUGCUAUAAAUGUAAGAAAUAUGAAAGGACCAUUAGAAGAGUUGAAGAAAUACCUCCACUUCAAGUAAUUCAUGAUGCUGAGAAACCCUAUGAAUGCACUUUCUGUGGUAAAUCCUUUAGAGUUCAUACACAACUUACUCGACACCAGAAAAUCCAUACUGAUGAGAAACCUUACAAAUGUAUGGAAUGUGGCAAGGACUUUAGGUUCCAUUCACAGCUAACUGAACAUCAGAGAAUUCAUACUGGUGAGAAACCAUACAAAUGUAUACAAUGUGAGAAAGUCUUCAGAAUUAGUUCACAGCUUAUUGAACAUCAGAGAAUUCAUACAGGUGAGAAGCCUUAUGCAUGUAAAGAAUGUGGGAAGACCUUUGGAGUCUGUAGAGAACUUGCUCGACAUCAGAGAAUUCAUACCGGAAAGAAACCCUAUGAAUGCAAGGCAUGUGGAAAGGUCUUUAGAAACAGUUCAUCGCUGACUAGACAUCAGAGAAUUCAUACUGGUGAGAAACCCUAUAAAUGCAAGGAAUGUGGGAAAGCUUUUGGAGUAGGCAGUGAACUUACUCGACAUCAGAGAAUUCACAGUGGUCAGAAACCUUAUGAAUGUAAAGAGUGUGGGAAGUUCUUUAGACUUACUUCAGCACUUAUACAACAUCAGAGGAUUCACAGUGGUGAAAAACCUUACGAAUGUAAGGUGUGUGGGAAGGCUUUCAGACAUAGUUCAGCCCUUACUGAGCAUCAGAGAAUUCAUACUGGAGAGAAACCUUAUGAAUGCAAGGCCUGUGGGAAGGCCUUUAGACACAGUUCCUCCUUUACAAAACAUCAGAGAAUUCAUACUGGUAAGAAACCCUAUGAAUGUAAGGAAUGCGGGAGUGCCUUUAUAAAUUGGCAAAACCUCAUAGAGCAUAAGAAAAUGCAUACUGGAGAAAAAUCACAUGAAUGUACUGAAUGUGGUAAAGUAUUCUCUCGAGUCUCAUCCCUUACUCUACAUUUGAGAAGUCAUACAGGAAAGAAACCAUAUAAAUGUAAUAAAUGUGGAAAAGCCUUCAGCCGGAAAAGAAACUUCCUUUCUCACCAGAAACAUCAUACUGGAGAGAAACCCUAUGCAUGUAAGGAAUGUGGAAAAGCCUUCAGUGGCAAAUCAUAUCUCACUGAGCAUGAGAAAAUUCAUACGGGAGAGAAACCAUUUGAAUGUAAUCAAUGUGGAAGAGCCUUCAGCCAGAAGCAAUACCUCAUUAAACAUCAGAAUAUCCACAGUGGAAAGAAACCCUUUAAAUGUAACGAAUGUGGAAAAGCCUUUAGCCAGAAGGAAAACCUCAUCAUCCAUCAAAGAAUACAUACUGGAGAGAAACCAUAUGAAUGCAAAGGGUGUGGGAAAGCUUUCAUUCAGAAGUCUAGCCUCAUUAGACACCAGAGAAGUCAUACAGGAGAGAAACCCUAUAUAUGUAAAGAAUGUGGGAAAGCCUUCAGUGGCAAAUCAAAUCUCACUGAGCAUGAGAAAAUUCAUAUUGGAGAGAAACCCUAUAAAUGUAAUGAAUGUGGAACAAUCUUUAGGCAGAAGCAAUACCUCAUUAAACAUCACAAUAUUCAUACAGGAGAGAAACCUUAUGAAUGUAAUAAAUGUGGAAAAGCCUUCUCUCGAAUCACAUCACUCAUUGUACAUGUGAGAAUUCAUACGGGUGAUAAACCUUAUGAAUGUAAAAUAUGCGGGAAAGCCUUCUGUCAAAGCUCAUCUCUUACUGUUCAUAUGAGAAGCCAUACAGGUGAGAAGCCCUAUGGUUGCAAUGAAUGUGGGAAAGCCUUCUCUCAGUUCUCAACUCUUGCUCUGCAUAUGAGAAUCCAUACUGGAGAAAAACCUUACCAGUGUAGUGAAUGUGGGAAAGCUUUUAGCCAGAAGUCACAUCAUAUUAGACACCAGAGAAUUCAUACUCACUAAAAGCUCUACGAAUGCCUUGAAUUUAGGAAAACUUUCAUCAGAACUCACACUUUAAGGGUAUACUGAAAAUUUGUUUUACAAUAAAGCGACGUGAAUGUGGAAAAUACUUCAACAACUCAAAAUUUAAAUACUAACAAUUUUAGUAAGUAUCGUAAUAUCAUGAAAACCUCUAUUCCCAGAACUCCCACAACAGACACUGUUAAUGAUGUACUUUUAGGAGCGAUCUCAUUAAGUACGGAUCCAGUCAUGAGCGCUAAGCAACAUGGUUCUGGAAGGCCUCCCUGAUGCAUGAAGAGGUAUAAAGAUUUGACACUGAGAGACAAAAUUGUCAUUUUAAAAGUGUUUCACUACAUAUGUAAUCAGAAUUAUUUGUUCUUGAUUCAUUUGUAGAAAUCAGAGAUUGGGACAGAAUAUUGUAUUCAGAAACAUGCAUGCAUUUAUAGGGAAUUGUUAAUUGAUAGAGGUGGUUUCAAGGUUGGUAGGGAAAUGAAAUCAUGGAUGAUUCAAAAAAUGGUCUCAGGGUAACUGACUCUUCAUGUGGAAAAAUAAUAGAUCUCUGCUGUGGUAAUACCUUAAAGUAUUUAUUAUGAAAUCCAAAAGUAUCGAAGACUAAAAUGCAAAAAGCAAAACUUCAUAAUAUAAGAAUUUUGUAGGAGAAUGUUUUAAAACCUUCGUGGAGUAGGAGGGAAUUUCUAAAAUAGAUUCCAGGAUACUCUCAAGUAUACAUGCAUAUCCCCAAGAAACCAAUACAUGUGUCUAGGGAGUCAUGUAUCUUUAUGUUGAAGCAUGAAUUACAUUAGCAAAAAAAACUGGAAACAAAUGUCUGUUGCUUGUGAAAUGGAUAAAUAAAAUGUGUUAUAGGCACAUAGCAGAAUAUUCUCUAGUAGUUAAGUAUAACAGGUGAUAAUAUAUUUAAAUAUAUUAACAGAGAAAGACCUGAAAAGUCAUGUGGAGUAAAAACAACGAAGGGAUAAAUAUAAUCAUAACUGUGAAUUUGAAUUAAAUCAACACUAGCAAACACUAGUAUUAAGUGUUGAUUAUGGAUAAACAUUUUUAUGUAAAACUAAAGAAAAGAUUGGAAAGAUACACACUCGAAUUCCCAAAGGUGGUUGCCUCUAGAAAGAAUGGUAGUGGAGAAGAAAUGGGACCAACCGUGGUAGUUAGAUACUUCAGUUUUGUAUCUAAACGUCUAUCAUAGGGGUGCCUGGGUGGCUCAGUUGGUUAAAUACCUAUCAUUAAAAAGAUUCUAAGUAAAUAUAACAAAAUGUUAGUUACCUCUGGGUUGUGGUGAUGUAUGUGUUCUUUUCUUUGUGAUAUUUCUGAAAAUUAAAAAACAUAGAGGUAGGAAAGCUGUACAUGGAGUAUAUGUAAUAAUAGACUCCCAAUCCCAGAUAGAUAUUAAUAUUUUAUAGGAAAUAUUUCUAAAAUCAUAUCUUUACUGUAAGUCAUUUCUUAAAAUUGGGAUGGUAGCUUAAUUUAAAUUUGCUCUUGCAUGUGACAUCACUAAUCUGUGUGAUCUCUACUUAAAAUUAUAGCAUGAAUGUGCUACAGGUUGGUUGAGUUACACACAUUUAAGGAUCAUACCAUUUAAUAAUACAUGCACAGACUUGAUAUUAAGAAUUGGUUUCUGCUGAAAAUAUUUAUCAGAAACUUUAAAAGUACACAUAACCAGUACUGGCAUUAAGGAUUUGGUGUUUUAAAAUGAGGAAACCAAGUUACCCUUAAAUUUUUACAUACGCCACUGAGUAAAAUGUCAACCCUUGCAUUUCACCUUCAGUUUUAACCUCAAUUUUUUUUUCUAUUCUGCUAGAUAUACUCAACCAAUCCCCCAUUUGUUUCCUUGCAGAAAAUGGUGCUAAAAAAGGAGAUCUGAGACCUAAACAAUAUUCUUAUAUUUGAAGCAAAUCUUUUUGAGGGUUUUUGUUUACUUGGUCCCUUUCCACAACCGCUUGACAUAUAAAACGUUGUUAGUGCUCUUUUCAAAUAGUGAUAAAAAUGUGUAGCCAACAUUCAAAUCAUAGGCAUAUUUCAAAUAUAUCAGUUUCUUUUAAAUUCAAAAUAAUGAAAUGCUAAUAGAACCAUACCACUACACUGCUUGUUAGUGCUUUUGAUGGUUGUUCUUGAGAUAAGAUUAUAAAUGCCAGGGAACUGAUGUGUCUGGGGUAACAUACCCAAAUAACAUGUAUAUCUACAUGAAUCUAAAUUAUCCUCUAUUUUCUUCCAUUCCUCAGUAAGCAUUUCUCUCAUAUUUCUUAAGUGUUUCUGAUUGCCUUUGAGCUUGUGCAGCUUUGAAGUCACCAGAGCAACUAAGAACUCUCAGUUCAGACUAAACUAGGAUUACCUUUUGGUGCCUAUAGUUAGCUAGUGCCAGGGUGCAACAAUGAUUAGGAUCGUCACAUAGAGUAAGAUGAGUAAUAUCUGUGAUACUGUAUACUUUAAAUUUACUCUGACAUUCCCCUGUUGAUUCAACUUUUUGGUAGUUCCUUGUCACCACAAACAACACUAUGGUAAAUACUCUCAAAAUCAGACUUAAAUUUCAGAUGUUUUUAUUUCUGGGGGAUAGGUUACAGGCAAGACAUUGUUAGAUCAAAGGACAUAGGCUAUUUUUUAAAUUUUUAUAGAUGCUAUCAUUUUCAAAAACACAACUUUCCUUUAACCCUGCAACGGAUGGUAACAUACUACUUAAAUUCAUGUUUAAUGAAUGUAACCACUUGCUCCUAGAUUUGCUUCUUUGUUAAUUUUCAUAUUGUUAGCUCUUUAAUAGACAUUAGGAAUUGUCUAAUUUUUGUUAUAAAAAUGAUUUUUCCAUAAAAAUACUCUAAAUUUCUGUGUAACCAGAUAUGUAUUAAUUUUUUCUAAGCUUAUGGGUUGGUUAAGAAGAUACUUUAACCUCUAGAUUGUCUAUUUCUUAGGUUUUCUUGCAAGUUGCUUAUUAUUUGCUUUUUUCAAUAUGUAAAUAUUAAUCCAUUUAGAACUUAAUUUUUAAUGUCAUUUGAAAUGAGGAUUCCUUGUUAUUUUCUUCUGGAUGGGUUUCCAGUUAUACAAGCACAAUUUGUUAAAAUAACCCAUCUACUUAGCAGCCAGUCACACAGUUCUGACACCAACUUGUGGUGUCCACCAGCAGCAAUCAUGGAUUUGAACCAGCAAUCAAAGAGAACAGGCUUUAACCCAGUUUAUUAUUAGCCUUGCCCUGACCAAAACAAACAAACAAACAAAAACAUAACUGCCUUCACAAUACUGCAACUGCCCAAGCAAGCAGCACAAGCUUCCAGGGCCUCCGUGUGGCUCAGGGGAGAAAAGGUCAGAAUGGGUGUGGUUCACCUAAGCGCUGGAGAACACUAACAUUCUCAUCCAGGACAUCUUAUGAUAACCCACUACUGCAUCCGCGUGGUGUGCCCCCAUGCAGCACACCCAGUUGUAAGACUGAUACCCACUUGAGCACAGUGAAACUGCUGCCUUGGUUUCCCAAGAUUUAUGAUGCCUUAGUCCCAUAGGCUAUCGAUGUCUACAUGCCAAUUCACAGUUCUUCCCACCAUCAACCAGGUACAAAUGAGGAAUCUACAGUAGCUGUUUUCAUCAAGGAAACUGGUAGAAAGUCAAAUCUAAGGUCAUCUUUCCAGAUAUGGGUCAGUGGGAGAGUCCUGUUCUUAAUUCCUCACCAACACCAUCCUUUUCUAUUCAGCUGAAACUCAGCUAUAUAAUCCUUUAACCACAUGAUUUUUUCCUCAUUCAACUGAAACUGCCUUGUACUUUCAUUUAUACCAAGACCUAUUUCUGUAUUCUCUUGUUUCACUAAUCUAUUUUUCUACUUCUAUACUAAUACCAUAUUAAUAAGUUGGUUUAACAUUAGCCUUACUGUAUUUUGAUACUGCGUAACAGACCAAGUCCUUGCCAUUUUUCAUUGUUUUAUUGGCUAUUCUAAGUUUUCUUCCUAUAUAAUUGAAGACUGUGUUCUCAAAAUACAAAAACCCUUUGAUACUCUAGUUGGAACUGCAUUACAUUUAUAUAUUUAUUUUGGGAGAAAGGACAUUUGGAUUUUAAGGCUUUCUGACCCAAAUUGUAGUGUGCCUUUGCAUUUGUUCAAACUGUAAUCAUGUCUUUCAGCAUGAGGGUCCUAAAUAAAGGGAUUUGAAUGCCAUCCCUGCUUAAUAUUAUAUUUUAAAAACUUUGCUAGUUGCGUGAAUGAGAAAAGUCCAUAUUAUGGACUAAACUUUUGUAGCCCCCUCAGAAUUCAUACUUCAAAGCCCUGAUCCCUAGUGUGAUGGUAUUUGGAGAUGGGGCUAUUAGGAAGUAAUUAGAUUUAGAUUAGGUCAUGAGGGUGGGACACUCAUGAUGGGAACAGUACCCAUAUAUAGAAGUGGAAGAUAGAGAUUACAAGAAGAGAUUUCUUUCUCCAUGCAUACACUGGGGAAAGGUCAUGUGAGUGCAGCACAGUGAGAAAACAGCUGUCUACACCAGGAACUGGACCUUCACCAGGAUUUGCCAGCACUUUGAUCUUGGGAUUUCCCAGCCUCUAGAACUGUUAAGAAAUAAAUGUCUGUUGUUUAAACCA